UUGCAAUUUCGCGCGCCCGGGAAAACGCGAGGCCUACUCCAAACCUAAAAUCGAAUUCGAGUCGGAGUCGCUAGCGUAACUGCGUUCGAGAGCCACGCCACCGCCCACCGCCAUCGCAGCUGUCCGAUCGCGAUCCCCUUCCCUCUCCUUCAAUAUCUAGUUCAAUUGGCUUCUCCCAAUCGCAUCUUUCCAUCUCGACUCGCAAUUCGCACUCUCCAAUCGUGUUUCCAUCCCGCCUCCUCGCGUCCAGAUUCCCCACCGCCUCUCCAAUCUCGAGUUCAGAUUCGCUCUCGCUGCUCUCAGCUCGUGUUUCGAUCCCGUUUCCACGCGCCCAGAUUGCAGGCACUCGCUUUUUUCUCUCUCCCAAUCUCGAGCUCACCAUGUCUUCGGCGGCGGCGGCGGUGGUGGCGCCGGCGGCCCGCAAGCGUCCGGCACCGGACCAAGAACCGCGCGCCGGUGACGCGAAAAAACGGCCGCGGUGCAAAAAUUUCAGGAGCAUCGAAGAGUUCGAGGUAUUGGAGGUGCUCGGGGAGGGCGCCGAGGGCGUCGUGAGCAGGGCGCGCGACCGCCGCACCGGCAAGGAGGUCGCCCUCAAGUGGAUCCGCGGCGAUGGGCCCGACGGCCACGGGCCUCCCGACCGCCGCGCGCUCGCCAUGGAGGCCGGCUGCCUCCGCGCCUGCCGCGGCCACCCGUCGAUCAUCGGGAUCCAUGGCGUCGCCGCCGACCCCAAGACUGGAGACGUGCAUCUCAUCCUCGAGUUGAUCGAGGGCGGGUUGAGCCUCCGCGACUCCUUCUGGGAGACUUUGUCGGAGGAUGCCAUCCGCGGGAUGAUGAGGCAGCUUAUCGGCGCUGCGAAGAAGAGAAAAGAUGGCUUACUGGAAGCAGCGAGGCGAAAUAAGAGCAAUUAAAGAAGGUGAUGCUAAUACAAAAUUAUUCCAUGCUCUGAUGCUCAUGCCUUGAUCAAGUAUAGGUCCAGUCAGAUCAAAGAAAUUGAAGUGGACUGUGCAGUUGUCAGUGAUCAUGCUGCUAAGACCCAAGGUUUCGCCUCCUUGUACACUGAGCUGCUUGGUGCAGUAGUGGAUACAAGAUGGGAUUUCAGUUUACAGGAAGUCUGUGGUGACCAAGCCCCUGUUGAUGACUCCACCUUGUCAGCUCCCAUCACAAUCCAGGAGAUCUGUGUUGUGUGGCAUGGGCAGGAAUAGCGCUUGACAGGUUUGGUGCUUCCUUCUAUACUGCUGCUUGGGACUUUAUCAAGCCAGAAUUGGAACAACUUCUGUGUGCCCUCAACAACAAUGAGGCAGAAAUGGGGAGGAUAAAUAGAGCCUACAUUGUGCUGCUGCCCAAAAAAGCCAGGUGUGAUCUCACCUACAUUGUCCUGCUGCCAAAAAAGCCAGGUGUGAUCUCACCUGCAAAAUCAAAUUCAAAGUCUGGUAGCUCUUGACCAAACUGUAUUUAUGAAAGGGAGAUCGAUCUCUGAAAGUUUCAUUCUUGCCACAGAACUGGUUCAGUGCUGCUAUAAGAGGAAAAUUCCUACCUUGGUAAUUAAACUAGAUUUUGUGAAGGCUUAUGACUCAGUGAACUGGCAGAGCCUCAUGGUGAUUAUAUGGAGUGUUGAGGAUUCUCAAAAAAAUGGUGUUUGUGGAUCAGGUCGCUUCUCAGGACGUCCAUGUCAGCAGUAUUAGUAAACGGAGUGCAAGGACCCACUGUGACGGGGGGACCUCAUUUCCCUGUUCUUGCUUGUGGCUGAUGUGCAAGGCUCUGAUCAAUCAUGACGGCUCUAUCUCCCAUCCUCUUGCACCGGAUAGGAGCUGCCCCAUUCUUGUGGAUGACACACUGCUACUUAUCCCUGCAGAGCUAGCUGCAGUUCAGACACUCAAAUCCCUCCUGGACCAAUUCUCAGUUGCUGCAGGCCUGAUGAAGAUCAACUAACACAAAAGCACCUUGGUGCCACUGCACAGUUCUGAAGCAGAGUGCAGCCAGUUCAAAGCAGUUCUGCAGUGCAAAGUUGACAGUUUGCCUCAUGUGUACCUGGGGCUCCCCCUGUCUGAUGUCAAGCUCAAUUUGCCAGCAUUUACUCCAUUGAUUGCAAGAGCAGAUAAACAGCUCGCGGGAUGGCAAACAGUGUUCCUGAACCCCAAAGCAAGACAAGUUCUUGUUGUGGACAGUGCCAUCUCUUACCUCAUGGCUGUUAUGCUUCUUCCUGCAGAAACUAUUGAAUCCUUAGACCAGAAAAGAAGAGCCUUUAUUUGGUCAGGGAAGGACCACACCAAUGGGGCUAGAUGCAUAGUUGCAUGGAAUCAGGUGUGCAUGCCGAAAGAAAAAGGGGGGCUCAGAGUGAAGGACGUUGCCGUUCAAAACCAAUGCUUGCUGCUGAAACUUCUCCAUAGGCUGCAUCACUCUGCCAACUCUGCUUGGGCUCAGUGGGCACGUGAAGAAAUGGAUUUGAGCAUUUUGAAAGGUAAAAAUGCUGUUGGUCCUCAUUGGGAGGCGCUGUGAUGGCCGAGCAACAGACUUUUGGAAUGACUGCUGGACAGGGAAGGUGCCGCUACCUGCUUGCUCCUCUAACCUCUUCAGUCAUGCAAAGGUUAAAGAAAUUCAGCUUCUUUUUGAACAUAAAGAAGAAGAAAAGAAAUUCAGCUUCAAAAAGUGGUAGAUAAUGGAAUUCAUGAAUUCUUGGUACCAUGCCUUUCGAGAAUGACUGCAGGAGAGUUGGAACAGGUGUUAGGUACUAUCACUGAGAUAGUGCUUGAAGACAGUCUGCCCAUUUACUGCUGCUGAUGGUGUGCUUCAGGCUGGACCUGUAUACAAAGCUAUCAAAACACAUGGCAUCAGCCAGAGCCUUCUCUUGCUAGCUUGGUCCAAUUGUGCCCCCCCUCGGGUCCAGUUCUUUGCCUGGCUUUUGAUCCAAGAAAGAAUGCAGUGCUGAGCAAACCUGAAGAAGAAAUCAAUUGUAGAAGAUGACAACUGCGAGCUGUGCAAGCAAGCAUCAGAAAGUGUAGAUCCCUUGAUAUUUAGGUGUCCCUUUGCUACAAAUGUCUGGACAAAAAUGGGGUUUUUCAGUGUUCAACACCUUGGUAGGACUAAGAUGUGAGAAGACCAGAAUCUAUUCCUGUCAAACAGUAUCAUGUGUUUUUGCUGCUGCUGUCCUGGAAGAUCUGGAGCAUAGAAAUGAUCUGGUUUUUCAACAUAUGGAGCCAUCCUUUGCUCGCCUUGGUGCGGCAUUGAAAGAAGCUGCUGCCCUGUGGCAAUUUCGCUUUCCUAGUGGUGAUAGAUAUGUAGUCACAUAUUGGUGUAACACCUUUGUUUCCUUAUGGCUUGAAUCUGUUGAAUAUGUAAUUCCUCCAUGUAAAACCUCCUAUCAUGUUUGAACAGAAAGUGCUUUGCUGUUCCAGAGCAAUAUAGUAGGUGGGGAAUAAUCUUUUCCCUCUGCUUUCAUUUUUUUUAAAAA